GCUGUCCUGUAUGAAACCCCUAUAAAUACCGGCCUAUGUUGCCUUCAUUCUCCACACACAACACAAGAGUUCUUAUAAUAGAGCCAUAGAGAAAGAUUUGCUCAUGUUUUCUGCUUGUAAAUUUCUUUUGUGGGAAGUUUUAUUUUGAUUCAUGAGCAGUUUUCUCGGUUACCGAUGAUUGUUUAUAGGUAACCAAACUCUUUUUUCUGGUAGGAAAAAAGAGGAACGAAAUUCUCCAAAUGUCGACCGAGAAUUCCGAUUCUCAUGAGUUCACAAAUCGGACUGCCCGUUUACGGAGACAUUUGACCAAGUCAACGACGAAGGCUACAAUCUCUAGCCACUCUAAGGAAAAAGAGAAAAAACCCGAAUAUUCGAUCUUUGCACCACCACCGGAGUAUCUCGGAUACAUCCGGUGGGAGUACGGCAACGAUGACAUCAGGAUGAUGACGUGGAGGGGGAUCGCAUGGAAUCUAGAUACUCGUCCAUCGAGCGAUGGAGAGAGCUAUCUAGAUGACGUGGCGGGGGUGCUCCUUGAAUACUCUCGAAUCAAUGGCUUUACACGGAGCAUUUCUACCAUGGAAAUGCUUCGGUCGAUAACAGUUAAUGGAGGGCUUAAUCCUCCGUUAAUCAUCGAAAAUGGAAUUGACGAAAAUGCCCCUGGCCUCUUGGUUUGGAGAUGGAAGAAUACAAUAGCAGCACCAUCCAGACAAGAUUGGGCAGAAGGAGAAAACGUAUUACGUACGGCUUCCCUAGAAUGCCGUUAAUCGUUUUGCUCGAUUUUUUUUUUUUUUUUUUUAAUUUUCGAUGUUGAAUAGAAGAGAAGAUAAAAUUGGUAAUUUUUGCAGGAGAAGUAGUGCUCGAGUUUAUUUGGAAAUUAGUUGUACGAGUAUUUCGAUUUUGUAGAUGCUAUAUUCGGUGAUGUAUUAUCGUGGAUUUAUUCGUGUAAAAUUCAUUUUCGAUACGUAUAAGUUUACAUGAUUUUUUUUUAUUGGAGUUGGUACUUGAAAAUA